AUGGGCGCCGAACAGCUCCUUCAGCCAUUCCAGAGCCGCCGCACAUUCUAUGCUCUAGAGGCGUCCUCCACAAUUUCCGAUGACAAGAUAAAUGAGAUCGUUCAUGCUGUUGUCAAGCACACUCCCAGUUCAUUCAAUUCACAGUCAACGAGGGUACUUGUCCUCCUCGCCGACGAGCACAAGAAGUUAUGGGAGGAGAUUGUCAAGCCGGCUGUCAAGGCUGUCGCACCACCAGAAGCGUGGGAAGGUUCGGAGAAGAAGCUAACGGGCUUCGCUAACGCUUACGGCUCUGUUCUCUUCUACGAAGACCCGCAAGACGUGUCAAACUUGCAGCAAAAGUUCCCUUUGUACAGCGAUAAGUUUCCCCAGUGGAGCGAGCACACAAAUGCUAUGCACCAAUAUGCUCUGUGGACGGCCUUCGAGCAGGAAGGACUAGGCGCAAACUUGCAACAUUACAACCCGCUCAUCGACGAGAAGGUUGCAAGCACAUGGGGCAUACCGAAGACCUGGUCGCUAAAGGGACAGUUAGUUUUCGGCAAGCCAGCCAGCCAGCCCGGUGAAAAGUCGUUCAAGCCUAUCGAAGGUGAGCGACUGUUCGUCUAUGGCGGCAAGUUCGGUCAGAAGAAAUGA